UGAUAGAAUAAGUACAAGGGCCAUGGAAGUGCUUUUCGCAAUGCUGCCGUCCGUCCAACUUUCCUGUUCGACGUGCUCGACGUCUGAGUCUUUUGGCUGAGGCAAGUCACAUCUUUCCGUGCGCCACUGUCUCCAGAAAUAUAUCGCUAUGGCACGUCCAAAUUAUGGACCUGUGCGGCCAUUCUCCCCCCUCGACGAAGAAAGUACAAUAUAUCGAAGUCCGGCAACUUAUUCUCAACCAUUCCCUUCUCACGAUCAUCAUGGAGACUUGGGAUCUUCGCCAGAAAUCGAGAUGGGAAACGUGCGGCCUAAGUAUCCAACGCAUAGCGACACUAAAGAUAGUGUAAAUUCAACAGCAACCCUAUUUCCGAGUCACAGCGCGUCCCAAACUGACGCCCAGCCAUUCCUGCACGACCCGCUAAACAAACUCGAUACAUUCUAUACUGCGAAUACCUUCGUGCCAUACCAAGAUCAUACGGGCAAACAGCUAAGACACAUAUUGGUCGGAGGAUCUGCGCGGUGGUUGAUCACGGCAGCUCUUUGUGGAGGAUAUGUUCUUGCAACAGUGAUAUGGCAGAAGAAGAGUGCAAUUGGAGAGACCGACAAGAAAUGGUACAAUGGCAUAACGACGGGACUGAGUAUUGCUCUGGGUCUGAACAUCGCGAGUGCUUUUAAGGAUAUGGCAUUGAACAUGAGGUGGCCAAUUCUGGCUAAGGGGCAGAGAAAUCUUGUGGAGCUUGACUUAUUUCUCAAUGCCGACAGUAUGACAAAGCUUUCAAAACUGGCAAUUGUCACCAAACGACCGAUGGUCGUCUUGGCGUGUAUAGCUUGGCUGCUGGUUAAUUUGCUGGCCCAAGCAGCAAUAGCUAUGCUUUCACUCACAUACGGCUUCAAUACCGACUAUACUGCAGUACAAAUGGUAAAAGGGAAUGUCUCGGUACCAAGCAUGGACCAUUUCUUCCCCCUAUACAGUGUUCUCAACAGUACCUCUCCCUCCAUCCAGGAUGAAGAAUAUGCUGCCCACAUGUAUGGCGAAUAUGGGUACAACUAUGGAUUGAACGAGACGACUUUCAAACCAAAACCGGGAGACAUAUACCAGCCGCAGGGAGCCAUGAUUUUCACGGACUACAAUAACAGCUACAUGGAAUUUAUCUUCCAGGAUUCCCCGGAAGGACAGACUCUUGGAACCUUCUCUGUCUACAGUGGACGAGCCAUAAACAUCACAUACUCCUGCGAUUCUUAUAAAGUCACCAAGAAUGGCAAUGGCACCUCGGACUCGAUCGAAGUUGAAACAAUAGGGGCCAUUACAUUAUCUCAAACCGUCCCGGAUUCCACCACAUAUUGGACUAAUUCGAGCCACGUGUGCGGAAGCAACGAGCGCUGCACCAAGGUUGAAGCAUUCGAGUCUUCAAACACGGAUCCAUGGUAUUAUCAGUGCGAGAUAACCCUCGGAAAGACUUUCAACGACUCAAUGAAUGUUUCGUUUGUCUCGGACUACAUGGCAUACAUAAGCACUGCAGCAAUUGCCCAAGUUGGAUACACGGAUUUUACUGGUGUUGCUUCUCAGAUAUACCCCCAAGACAGUCUUUGGGGCUAUCCGAAUAAUGGAAGUGUGAAUGAUAUGGGAUCAACUAUGGCCACAUUCGCUCUCGGUGCUAUCGCGGGAGCAACGAUGUAUAAUCCAUAUACUUCGUACAAUGGGAUGGCCCCGCAACAAGGCCAGUGUCUCCAGGUCGGACAUCCGUACUUCUUCUACUUGAUGCUUGGCCUCAUAUGCGGCUGCCACUUCAUCUUUAUUUUCAUCGUGGCCUUCUAUACGAAUUCGGUCAUGGUGGGUCCCGAUGGGCAUCUUUCGAUGGCCUUGCUGCUGCGGCCCAUCGCAGAUGCUCUGUACGGUGUCAGUGAUGGAGAGGAGAAUAAGGCGUUUAGAGACGCGAAGAGGAACACUAUGGUGAGAUAUGUGAAGGAGCACACAAGGCAAGGAAAGUGGACGUUGAAGAUGAUACAACGUUGAGAGGCGUUCUGAUAGUGUACCCUUGGUUUAUGAACAAUUUUCUCGCUUUGAUCGUGUCUUGGGCGUAUGACCACCACCAAAGAGCA